AUGGCGACGGAAAACCCUACAGCUGCGGCGAAGGAGACUGAAGAAUAUCUGAAUCCUCAGUUUGGCGGCGGACAAUUCCACAACGCUGUCAACGGCGCUCCUGCCGCCGAAGAGAAGACGGAAGAGUACCUGAAUCCGCAGAGCAGCAAUGGUCCAGACAGCGCCCGCGACAUGGCGGCUGAGACCCUGGAGCGGAUCAGGACGACAAACUCGAUCAUUACGAUCACGCCAGAGCAGUUCGAGAAGCUGUACCUGCAGCCGCAAGGUCAGGUCAAGGGUGAUUUACGCAAGACGUUCGGCAACCCCACGCCUCUUGCUCUAGGCGGCUUUGUCAUGGGUUUGACGCCCCUUUCUUGCCAACUGAUGGGCUGGCGUGGAUCUGGGCAGUUGGGUACUGCAACGAUCGGCGUCUUUCUCUUCAUCGGCGGUCCAUGUCUUUGGGUCGGCGGUCUUCUUGAAUUCUUCCUCGGCAACACCUUCUCAUUCGUGGUCUUCUUCAUCUACGGCGGCAUUCUCUUCGGCUGGGGCGCAACUCUUCAACCUUUCUACAAUGCUUCGGGAGCGUACGCCCCGAACGGUGAUUAUGUGACGGGCAAGACUGAACCUGCAUUCUGGUCGUCACUUGCUUUCUGGCCACUCGCAGCUGGGAUGUUGAGCCUGGUUUUCAUGGUUGGCGCUGUGAGGAUCAAUGCCGUUUUCAUGAUGGUCUUCUUCACCGUCGGCUUGGGCUUCCUGCUGCUGGCCGGCGCCUUCUGGGAGCAAGGUCUGAAUGAUGCUGUCUUGUUCAAUCGGCUGUGCGAGGGUACCGGAGGCACCUGGUUCGUCACAUCGCUGUUAGGAUGGUACUUGCUCUUUGUCCAAAUCAUGGAUGCUGUCGGGUUCAAGUGGCCAUUGCCAGUCGGCGACUUCAGUGGCUACUGGGCCAAACGGGAGAUGAAUGCCAAAGUCUAG